AUGGAUUGGUUCAUGAUCUGGUUAGUGCUGAUUCAAGCAGGUAGUUCGAAAGUAUCAGUCCGUAAUCCUAGAGUCAGGGACUCCUCUUUCGAUCCGGGUGGGUCCUUAGUAGAACCAGAGGCGAUCUCGAAAACGCCUCUUUUAGACCUUCGUGCCUAUCCUCGGAUGGAUAGAUACCUGGAAAGUGAUGUUGAUGCAUCAUUCAUCGUUGAUACACCCUUUUCUUACGUCUUUGGAAAACCGUUCUCCAAUUCUACGUUUGUGCCUGGAACGAACGAUGUUAUACCCCUCACUACUCUCAAGAUCCAAAUCAUAAGCUCUAAUACCGGAGACGUCCUCGUUCCUUGGACCGAUGUGGGCGUCAAUACUACUUCAAAUGAGAUUCAAUUCCCCCUUCACCUUCUCCCUGCAAGCCAUGUACCAUAUCCCAUCAGCGUUAUCUGUGCUUCUGCCGAUGGUCUUCAAACGUUCCAGACAACAACGCUAGUGAGAGUGCUCCCGCCUCGCAACGACACAGGUAGUGUCGUCCGAAUGGAUCAGAAGCAUGGUGGCCUAAUGAUUCGUUCUACACGCACUCUUAACCUCUGGAAAGGCUUGUUUCCCUUUUCCUUCUACACAAGCUGGGACUGGAUCUCAUCGACGAUCACCAACAGCUCGUCUCCGACCAAUCUCACCGACUUUCGCUCCAAAGGCUUCAACCUGAUCCAUCCAGUACCACCGGGUGGCACAGAUCCAUUCAACCACGCCAUCUUUUCCCGCUUCCUCGACAUAUGCGACGAGCUCGAGAUCUACGUCAUGUACGAUAUGAGACACACGUACCAAAACCGAUCAUCCCUCACCGCCCAGAUCGCCAGUCUCCAAUCUCACCCCUCACUCCUCCUCUACUACACAGCCGACGAGCCCGACGGCCAAACCGACCCACUCAACGCCACCUCAAUUGCUUACAGCUGGCUCCAAGCAGCAGACCCCUACCACCCCGUUUCCCUCGUCCUAAACUGCGCAAACUUCCACUUCGGCGAAUAUACCUCCGGCGCCGACAUCAUCCUCGAAGACACCUAUCCCAUCGCAACAAACAACAGCUACAGCAUCGUCUACGACACGGUCUGCAACACCACCUACGGCUGCUGCGGCUGCGACAACUGCCAUGCGUACGACGACGCAUAUCCGGCGUACGUGGCGAACCCUUUCCUAGACAUCCCGAAUCGAAUAGAGACCUACGGGAAGUAUCAAGAGUGGCUCGGCCUCAUUGCGUUGGCGGAGCAGGGGAAGGGGAGGAAGAGUAUUUGGGGCGUGCCGCAAGCUUUCUAUGAUCAGGGGAGCUUUUGGAAGAGGUGGCCGACGGGGAAAGAGGAGGCUGUGAUGGCGGCAUUGAGACUGAAUCAUGGGGCCAAGGGUGUGGUGGCGUGGAUUUAUCCUACGGAUGGGGCGGUGGAGGAUGCGAUGAGUGGGUUGGCGAAGGUGGUGACGGGAGACCUAGCCACGACUUUCCUGCUUUAUACAUCGCCGUCGGAUGUGGUGGUUGAUGGAGUCGAUGCGGGGCUAGUGGACGUGAAGCACUGGUGGGGAGGUGAGGCGUCUGGGAAAGCGCUGGUCACUUUGGUGUACAUGGGGUACUCGGACGUAGCUACCAGCGUCAGGCUUUCUUUGCAAGGGAAGAGUGUGAGGGCGGUCGAGAGUGUGCUGUAUGGUUCUGAAGAGUGGAGUGUUGAGGAUGGGAAGCUCGUCAGGCAAGGCGGGCUUGAGGCGCUGGAGGUCGGCAUCUUCCUCGUUGAAGUUGGGGAUAAGGAUUAA